CUCGGUGGAUCCACAUCCAGCUCCGCCGCCCGCCGGAGAGCUCGACGCUCGGAGCCCCGCGCAGCGCUUCUGUUCCCGGGACAAAAGCAGACCGCUUCUCCGCCAGAGAUGAUGGGAGGUUGUUGACAUCCGACGUCGCCGCUCGCUAAAAGGACGUUUUACAGCAGCCUGAAGCCGCCCGCCGGUGCCACCAUGGCCGCCCAUCGGAUCAGAGCCACCACCAACAACAACACGUCGCUGCCUCGCUGCAAGUCCGAGGGCACGCUGAUCGACCUCAGCGAAGGAGUGUCAGAAGCCAGCCUCACCGACGUCAAAGUGCCUUCCCCCAGUGCCUUACGACUGGAUGCGACCGCCUCCUUCGGCACUGCCAGGGAGGUCGUUGCCAUUAAGGACUACUGCCCUUCCAGCUUCACCACUCUGAAGUUCUCCAAAGGGGACCGCCUCUACGUUCUGGACUCGUCAGGAGGAGAGUGGUGGUACGCCCACAACAACACGGAGAUGGGUUACAUCCCCGCGGCGUACGUUCAGCCCAUCAACUACAGAGACUCGUCCUUCAGCGACAGCGGCAUGAUCGACACCGUGGGCGACUGCAACGAGGAGGCGGCCAAAGAAAUGGACCUCCUCGGAGAGUGGGCAGGAGUGAUUCUGAAACCAACCACCUUCCAAAAUGGAAAUCCUUUCGCAACAAACCAUACCUCUACAAACCCUUUCCUAAACGGGGGUCCUCAGAGCUCGCUCGAUCAGAACAGUAACGAGAAGUCCGUCGACCUCCUCCUGUUUGAUACACUCACUCCAUCGGUGCCCAACUCCACCAGCAGCACUGCCGACAUCAACGGUUUCGGCAGCGGCGUUUUUAACUUGAGCCCCCUCAGUCCCACUGUGAGUUCGGGGCAAACAUUGCGCAGGGACAACCCGUUUUUUAGAAGCAAACGUUCCUACAGUCUGUCCGAGCUGUCCAUCCUGCAGGCUCAGUCCGACGCCCCUCAGACCUCCAGCGGUUUCUUUGGCGGCCUCAAAGCGCCGGCGCCGGAGCAGUUCCAGAGCAGGGAGGAUUUCCGCACGGCAUGGCUCACCCACCGCAAGCUGGCCAGGUCUUGCCACGAUUUGGAUUCGCUGGGCCAGAACCCGGGCUGGGGCCAAACGCAGCCGGUGGAGACCAACAUCGUGUGCCGGCUGGACAGCUCGGGAGGUGCCGUCCAGCUUCCCGACACCAACAUCAGCAUCCACAUACCCGAAGGCCACGUGGCCCCGGGGGACACGCAGCAGAUCUCAAUCAAAGCUCUGCUCGACCCGCCGCUGGAGCUCAACAACGACCGCUGCACCACUGUCAGCCCCGUGGUGGAGAUCAAACUCAGCAACAUGGAAACCAAAACCACCGUCACCCUGGAGAUGAAAGUGUCUGUGGUGGUUAAAAUGGAGAACAGGCAGACGACUGAAGUCUUGUGUGUUCGGAGUGAUUGCAAAGAGGGACCUUACACUCCGGUUCCUCAGGCGUACCUGUACGGGGACACGGUUCAGGUGUGUCUGGACAACCUCGAACCUUGUAUGUAUGUGUGCGUCGUGGCUCAGGCCCAGUCCAUAAUGCCGGACUCCACAGUUUGGCAGCAUGUGGUUAAGAAAAUCACAUUAGGAGUGUAUGGACCCAAACACAUCCAUCCGUCCUUCAAGACAGUCGUGGCGAUGUUCGGCCACGAUUGCGCCCCAAAGACGCUGCUGGUGAGUGAAGUCGGCAAACAGGCUCAGUCUGCACCACCAGUUGCCCUGCAGCUGUGGGGCAAACACCAGUUUGUCUUGUCCAGACCGCAGGACCUCCGUGUUGGAGUUUAUUCCAACAUGGCCAACUACGAGGUAAAGGCCAGCGAGCAGGCCAGAGUGGUGCGAGGCUUCCAGGUCAAACUAGGAAAAGUCAGCAGACUCGUCUACAUCAUCGCCUCACGCAACGCAGAAGACGUUUCUGACUUCACCUUAAGAAUCCAGGUCAAAGACGACCAAGAUUGUAUACUGGCUCAGUUUUGUGUCCAGACGCCAACGCCGCCGCCCAAAGCGGGCCCAAAAACAUCGGUGCAGCGGCGGUUCUUGAAGAAGAAGGAGGUCGGCAAGAUAGUCCUGUCUCCUCUCGCCAUCGCCACCAAAUACCCCGUUUUCCAGGACCGGAGAAUAAACAACCUGAAGUUCGGAAAAUUAAUCAAAACCGUCAUCCGACAAACGAAAAACCAGUACUUGCUCGAGUACAAAAAAGGAGACUUUGUAGCCCUGCUGAGCGAGGAGAAAAUCAAGCUGAAGGGCCAGUUGUGGACCAAGGAAUGGUACAUUGGAUAUUAUCAGGGCAAAAUGGGACUCGUCCACGCCAAGAACGUGCUGGUGGUCGGCAAAGUGAAGCCCAUUUACUUCAGCGGGCCCGACCUCACGACGUCGCUGCUGCUGGAGCAGAUCCUGAAGCCGUGCAAGUUCCUCACGUACAUCUACGCCUCUGUAAGGACUAUACUGAUGGAGAACAUCGGAAACUGGCGGGCGUUCGCCGACGCCCUCGGAUACGUCAACCUGCCCUUGACGCACUUCUGCCGGGCGGAGCUGGACAGCGAGCCGGAGAGAGUGGCGUCGGUGCUGGAGAGGCUGAAGGAGGACUGCAACAACGCGGAGAGCAAAGAGAGGAAGUCCUUCCAGAAAGAGCUCCUCACGGCUCUGCUGAAGAUGGACUGUCAGGGUCUGGUGGCCAGGCUGGUCAUGGAUUUCGUCCUCCUGACCACGGCGGUGGAGGUGGCCGGACGCUGGAGGGAGCUGGCCGAGAGGCUCGUCAAGGUCUCGCGCCAGCAGAUGGACGCUUACGAGGCGCCGCAUCGCGACAAGAACGGGGUGGUGGACAGUGAGGCCAUGUGGAAGCCGGCGUACGACUUCCUGGUCACGUGGGCGGCUCAGAUCGGCGACAGCUACCGAGACGUGAUCCAGGAGCUGCACAUGGGGCUGGACAAGAUGAAGAACCCCAUCACCAAGCGCUGGAAGCACCUGACCGGGACGCUCAUCCUGGUCAACUGCCUGGACGCCCUGCGGAGCUCCGCCUUCAGCCCCGCCGCUCAGGACGACUACGCCAUCUGAAGCACCCCGCACCAGCUCGCUUUAAACAAAAACAACAGUUUGAAAUGCUGCAUAUCUGCGCACUCCGAAACGCCGCCACUGCUGUCGUCCUCGCGGCGCCGCCUUCAGCUCUCAGAAGGAACUCCGCCGGACUCCGCCAAACAACACAGUGCUGUAUGGAGCUCGCAGUAUUCACACGGACUCUUUUAUUAGCUCCCGUCUUGCACAGUUAUGUAUUUUUGUACUCUUAUUAUGGCACAGCAUUUUUGUAAAGCAACACUUUGAACCCUUUGGUUAUGAACUGUGGAUUGAACGCCAAGAAAAGACACUUUUUUUUUCUCCCCCCCAAGACAAGACACUUUUAGAUUUCGUCUCCUCGUAGCCUCGUCACACGUGUCAAAGUCUGUUCUAUUUAUUUAUACGUCAAAGAGAAGCGUCGCCUCUUCGUCUCUCUCUUCAGGUUCUCUCUCCCUGUGGUCCUUCUCAUUUCAGAGAUCCAAAUAUUUUGGUGUCAGUCUGUAUUUUCUAAGAAGAAGAAAGCAGAAUAAUUUAUUACUCUUUUAAUCAAGCUCUCCAUUAGCGUCCCAAACGGAUUCGGUCAUUUUUAUUAACCAGCAGAUUUAUUUGAUUUAAACUGACCAGUUAGUGAGAAUUUUUGUCUGUUUGCUGUCAUCAUGAAUUGGUUGUCUUUGGUUAGAUGGAACCAGAAGUCUGAAAGUUUCACUUUGAAGCAUUCAAGUCGUCACUUUGUUCUGGGGCUUUCUACGGCAUCAUGAGGGUUAGGGUUACACUCCUGGGUGAAAAUAUUAUCGAUGGAUCAAUAAACUCUGAUUGGUUCUGCUGCAGGAAUGAAGAAAAUAGAUGCUAAAUUCAGGAUCGGUAGUCGGAUGAAGGCAAAUUUUAUGGGUAUUAACACCAACCUGAACCCGAUACUUUGCUUGUAUUGUACAUUUUUAAAAAAACGUUCCUAAUAAAUAUAGUGUUAUCAUACAAUAAUUGAUGAUAUUAUAUUCUAAAUUAAGCACAGGGGACAUUACACCUGUGCAGAUAUUGAUACUUGGUUAUAUAAACCAGCGGUCCCCGACCACUGGGCCGCACAGAAAAAAAAACCAAAACAUUUUAUUGUUGUAUUUUUAUUUCCAGCGGCGCCUGCAGGGUGUUUUAUUUUGAAAAAUGACUAGCUCGUCUUCCAGUCGCAUCCAUCUGUGCUUGUUUCUCGCAUUUGACUCUUAUUAGUUUUAUUGCUCAGCCAAUAAACAAAGCCGUCAGUCUAACCGCUGCCGAAAUUAAAAAAAAAAAUCUCAGGAGAGCUUCUUUGGAAAGUGGACUCGAUACUGAGAUGGAAGAAAAAGUAAACAUAUAUUUAGCAAGUAACUUUAUUAAUUUAGGAAACUUUUGAAUAGAAAAAACACUGAUUUUUUGUAACGUGCGCGAUGACCGGUCCGUAGAAAACGUUCUUGCUUAAAACCGGUCCGUGGUGCAAAAAAGGUCCGCUGAUAUGAACAGGAUCCGAAUUGAUCUCAGCAUCGUCAGGGGUCAUUAAGCACCACAGAAGACUUUGUCAUGGUGCCUUUUUUACUAGCCAAACCCCCACAAUGAUCUCUGCUCGCCAACACGGGACUGAGCGCCUCCUCUGGUCGCUGCGGUACUAAAUAACCAGAGGCUCCCCCUGGUGGAACAAGCAGGUAUUACAGCUAAUCUACAAUAAUAGAAAAGUGUGUUAUUUCCUUCUUACCUUCUAGUUUCUACAGUCUAGGGUAGUAGUUUUGCUGUCCUGUCCAGACCACCAUGUUGGUGCCCAGAAAAGGUGCUGAUAGAGUUCAUCUAGCACAGUUAGAGUCGAACACGUCCAGAUUAUGUAAUACUGGAACAUAUUUAGCAGCUACAAGAAGCUUUUUGAGAGAUGUAAAGAGUAAAUUAUACAUUUCUUAUCAUGUAUACAUCUAUUUAUUUUGACUGUUUAUGGAACAAUCGGAGACUCGAACUUGAAUCAGAUUGGUGACCGAGAAAGAAACUUCUUUGGGACAUUUGAUCUAUUUGUUCUAUUGUUUGUUUGCUACGGUGCAUAUGAUCGACUCCCUUUCAAAUUCACGUGUGAUGCAUUUUAUGAGAGAUCUUAAGGGAUGUGGGCAACACAAACACAGACUCUGCUCUUUGGUUUUGUACACAGUGAUACAGACAAUUUUGGAGGCAGGUAUUUGCCAUCUCCAUUUUAAAAAACCCCAACGUUCCAGGCAUGCCGGCCUGCUCUACAUCACCGCUACACCCAAUACCAGAAGAACAAUUUGUCAUUUCAUCGUUUCUGCAGACGUUAAACUGCAGAUACUGUGCACCAAGUAGCAUCAGUAGACAGCGGUGAAGUGGUGCAGCGACGUUGUAAAGUUGUAAACAAAGCAAAUAAACCGGCAUAAAUCCGCCGUCGACGCUGUUUAUUGCCGCCGUUCCACGAGCCUUUUUUUGCAUGUUGCUGGAAACUGGAUGAGUCGGCAGAAACGUGAAGUUCAUCACAUGCAGGUGCAGAAAAAGAGUUUUUUUUUUUCCCAUCGUCUGGCUCCGAGUUCCUCUCCGGUCGCCGCAGGUCUGUUGUGUUUACCGGCAGCCUCGUUCAGAAAUUCAGUUUCAGAGCGCUCAGAGCAGAUUUACAGAUUCGGAGGCUGCAGGCAAACUCACUUCAGUUUAACCCGUUUUCUGACUGAAUGUUGGAAGAAGAAGAAGUGCUCUAAAGUUUUUCUCUUGAGCUAAUAAAGCCUCACAGAAAAACUAAGAAAGUUGUUUUUUUUUAAACCUUAGGAUAAAAAGUAAAGGAGAGGAAAUUCAAAAGCGAGAACACAAACUAUUGUUAGUACGCUGAUGUGUGGAGGAACUAACAGGAAUAAGAAACUUUGAACAAUAAAAAUAUCAAAUUGUUGGUAAUUAAAACAUUAAUUAGAUCAUUUUACAAUGUGAAAACCUAUUUGUGAUUUCUCUUAGCACAGGAUUGAUGAGCAGAAUCACUAAUAGUACCUUUAAAAUCCUAAUAAAACUCAUUCCUGCUUAAUCGUUACGAGCAGUUUUCUCCAACAUGUCGUGAUGCGGCUGAAAGCUCCAGAACAAUGUUCAUGUAUUGAUUAUUUAAAGCUACUUCCCUCCAGACUGUCUCCUCUCUCAGCUUAUUGUCUCUUCAAAUGUACUUUUUUUUUUUUUUAACCAAAGCUUGCCAAAAGACGCCUCCGACGGCCGUCUGCCACGUUGACACCACUGUUGUAUUGACACUGUCCGUCAAAGCUUCUGGUUAGGUUUUGUCUCAGUGCUGCAUACUGUAAUAUGUGCAAGUAUCACAUCCAGUGGUGAGUUUGACACCCCCUCGUAUUUUUUUUUUUUUGGUGACUGCAUACUUUUGUGGAAAAAUAAAAAUGUAAAUAUUUGUACACGCA